AUGGCAACUGGCAUCGAUGCGAAAUUGCUGAAGUCGACGAAGUUUCCGCCGGAAUUCAACCAAAAGGUUGACAUGCAAAAAGUCAACCUUCAGCCUGACAUCAAGUCUUUGCAAAUACAGCUCACCGGAUUUUUGGAUAAGGAUACCGCGCCGUUUUGCAAGGAGCUCUGGAAGCUUUGCCUCAGUGCCCAAACCAGCCCCCAAGGGGUUCCGAAGGAACUACUCGAGGCCAAGAAAUUGGAACUGAUCCAAGAGAAGAUCGAGCCGCAGACGAAGCUCGCCGCCGACGCGAAGACGCAGAAAGACGGGAACAAGAAAUCAGUCGACUGA